GUUAAAUCCCCAGUCCUGUUUUUGUUUUGAAUGCAGUGUCUUUUAAUAGAAAUAAAGUGCAGGUUUAUGCCAAUUGGUUAUCUUAUUUUGCUAGGUGACUCUUAAAACUGUAAAAAGAAAGUUUACAGGUCAUUUCACAGAGUCAAAACCUGGGUAUUUUAUUACUUUCUAAUGAGCCAUUAAGCUGAAGAAGAGGCAAUUAAAUAGGCAAUUAAUGUAGUACUGACUUGAGCUCUCUAAUUCUAGGUUCUUCCGAAGAGGAUGAGGUCAUUCAACCAGGUUUCAUCAGCCCCAGCUAAUACACUAUUUGCUGUCCUUGAAAUAAAACCAAAAAGCUUGCCCUCUUUCUUGAGAAACAACGAAAGAAAAAAAACAGGCGGGGCAAGCAAAGGUGGUGGAGAAGAGCCCGGGAAGCUGCCAGAGCAGGCAGAGGAAGAAUCCCAGGUUUUGCACGGAACUGGCCACUGUAAGUGGUUCAAUGUGCGUAUGGGAUUUGGAUUCAUCUCCAUGAUAAACCGAGAAGGGAGCCCCUUGGAUAUUCCAGUGGAUGUAUUUGUACACCAAAGCAAACUAUUCAUGGAAGGAUUUAGAAGCCUGAAAGAAGGAGAACCAGUGGAAUUCACAUUUAAAAAAUCUUCCAAAGGCCUUGAAUCAAUACGGGUAACAGGACCUGGUGGGACCCCUUGUUUAGGAAGUGAAAGAAGACCCAAAGGGAAGACGCUACAAAAAAGAAAACCAAAGGGAGAUAGGUGCAGACGGCAGGAUUUACUGAUGGAUCAGAAGUGGACUGUGAGAGAAGAAGAGUCCAGGAUGACUCCAAGAUGCUACAACUGUGGUGGCCUUGAUCAUCAUGCAAAGGAAUGUAGUCUACCUCCUCAGCCAAAGAAGUGCCAUUACUGUCAGAGCAUCAUGCACAUGGUGGCAAACUGCCCGCAUAAAACUGUUGCACAUCUGCCUGCCAGUUCUCAGGGAAGACAGGAAGCAGAAUCCCAGCCAUGCACUUCAGCCUCCCCUAGAGAAGUUGGGGGAGGGCAUGGCUAUACAUCGCCGCUGCUUCCUCAGGAAGCUAGGUCAGAGGUCUCAGAAUGGUCAGGCAGGUCACCUCCAGAAGUUUCCUCCACAAAGGCAUCUGCAGCUCCAGAAGAGCAAAACAAAAAGGGGCCUUCUGUUCAAAAAAGAAAAAAGACAUAGUCCAUCUUAAUGUAUUGUUUUCCCUACCUGGUUGGGAAGUCUACCUCAUGCAAGUACAGGGAAACAGUAUUUCACAGAUAGCAGCUGACCUGGGAUUUUAACUACUGUUGAGGAACUGUGGAUUUUUUUAGCAGACAAAUCACUGUAAGCAAAUUACAUUUGAGUAGGUUGUCAUGUUUUA